UGUCGUCAGGGAAACAACUGUGAUACGUCAUCACUGCGCGCGCCGUGUGCUGUUGUGGGAAGUCUCCUCGAGAUCACAGAGGCGAUUUUAUACGAAAAAAAGAUGCCUCUUCCUGCAGCGCUGCUGGCCCGCUUGGCCAAGAGAGGGAUCGUCAAACCGUCAGAUCAAGAGGGCGAUGAGGAGAUUAUUGCUGAAGACUACGACGACAACAACGUAGAUUAUGAAUCCACCAGAGUGGAGAAUCUGCCGCCAAACUGGUAUAAAGUGUUCGACCCUGCCUGUGGUCUUCCUUAUUACUGGAACGCGGAGACAGAUCUGGUGGCCUGGCUGUCCCCAAAUGACCCGAGUACAGUGGUGACAAAACCUGCCAAGAAAAUCAGAGUCGAGGUCGUGGAGGAGAGAGCGGAGAGGCCGUUCGAGAAGAUCGAGAGAGAGCGGGAGAGAGAGAAGGAGCGGGAGAGGGAACGGGAGAGAGACCGAGAGAGGGAGGAGGUGAGGGACAGAGACCGGAGGAAGCCCAGGAGGGAGGAGAUAGCUCCGUACAGCAAGAACAAAAGAGGGAGGAAAGAGGAUGAGAUGGACCCCAUGGAUCCGAGUGCUUACUCUGACGCCCCGAGGGGCACGUGGUCUACUGGCCUGCCGAAGCGUAAUGAAGCGAAGACGGGGGCCGACACCACGGCGGCGGGGCCUCUGUUCCAGCAGCGGCCGUACCCGAGUCCAGGCGCCGUGCUCCGAGCUAACGCCGCUAACCAGAUCCCCAAAGAGUGACCAGAGAAACAGCUAACCGAUCUACUGUGUACAGUUUCGCCGUAACAGACUGACAUCUCUCAAGUUUUCCUUUCAUUCUGAAGCGACACGCGUGUUAGAGCAGUUGUAAAUAUGUUUUUUUGUAUGACUUUUGAUUGACAGUGCCCCUUCAUUUGCUAAUAAAUCUAAACAUUACUGUGACUUUUAUUUUGGCGGGGUGAUACAUCUUGUAAUAACAUCUGUACAAAUAAAGUUCUUGACACUGUUUUAUUACAAAA